CGGCCCGGCCCGGCUCGGCUGGGCCCGCGCGCUGGGGCGCAACACGGCGACAGUUCUCGGGCGUCUCCGGCUUCGGGGCGCGGAGGGAAGAUGGCGAACGACUCCCCGGCCAAGAGCUUGGUGGACAUCGACCUCUCCUCCUUGCGGGACCCCGCAGGGAUCUUCGAGCUGGUGGAGGUGGUCGGCAAUGGCACCUAUGGACAAGUCUACAAGGGCCGACAUGUUAAGACCGGGCAGCUGGCGGCCAUCAAGGUCAUGGAUGUCACUGAGGAUGAAGAGGAGGAGAUCAAACUGGAGAUCAAUAUGCUGAAGAAAUACUCUCACCACAGAAAUAUCGCCACCUACUAUGGAGCUUUCAUCAAGAAGAGUCCUCCUGGCCACGAUGACCAGCUCUGGCUCGUCAUGGAGUUCUGCGGGGCGGGCUCCAUCACGGACCUGGUGAAGACACCAAAGGGACACCCUCAAAGAAGACUGGAUGCCUACAUCUCCAGAGAGAUCCUGAGGGGAUUGGCUCAUCUCCACAUCCAUCAUGUGAUUCACCGGGACAUCAAGGGCCAGAAUGUGCUGCUCACUGAGAAUGCAGAGGUGAAACUGGUUGACUUUGGAGUGAGCGCUCAACUAGACAGGACUGUUGGGAGGAGAAAUACCUUCAUAGGCACCCCCUAUUGGAUGGCUCCUGAGGUGAUAGCCUGUGAUGAGAACCCUGACGCCACCUAUGAUUACAGAAGCGACCUUUGGUCUUGUGGCAUUACAGCUAUUGAAAUGGCAGAAGGCGCCCCCCCUCUCUGUGACAUGCAUCCAAUGAGAGCACUGUUUCUCAUUCCCAGAAACCCUCCUCCCCGGCUGAAGUCCAAAAAAUGGUCAAAGAAAUUUUUUAGUUUUAUAGAAGGGUGCCUGGUGAAGAAUUAUAUGCAGCGGCCCUCCACAGAGCAGCUUUUGAAACACCCGUUUAUAAGGGAUCAGCCAAAUGAAAGGCAAGUUAGAAUCCAGCUUAAGGACCAUAUAGACCGGACCAGAAAGAAGAGAGGAGAGAAAGAUGAAACUGAAUAUGAGUACAGUGGGAGUGAGGAAGAAGAAGAGGAAGUGCCUGAACAGGAGGGAGAGCCAAGCUCCAUUGUCAAUGUGCCCGGUGAGUCCACUCUGCGGCGGGACUUUCUGAGGCUGCAGCAGGAGAACAAGGAGCGUUCCGAGGCCCUUCGGAGACAGCAGUUGCUACAGGAGCAGCAGCUCCGGGAGCAGGAAGAGUAUAAAAGGCAGCUGCUGGCAGAAAGACAGAAAAGGAUCGAGCAGCAGAAAGAACAGAGGCGGAGGCUGGAAGAGCAACAAAGGCGCGAGCGUGAAGCACGAAGGCAGCAGGAACGGGAGCAGCGAAGGCGAGAGCAGGAGGAGAAGCGGCGAGUAGAGGAACUGGAGAGGAGGCGGAAAGAAGAGGAAGAUCGGAGACGGGCUGAAGAAGAAAAAAGGAGAGUUGAAAGAGAGCAGGAGUAUAUCAGGCGACAGCUCGAAGAGGAGCAGCGGCACUUGGAGGUCCUUCAGCAGCAGCUGCUCCAGGAGCAGGCCCUGUUACUGGAGUGCCGAUGGCGGGAGAUGGAGGAGCACCGGCAGGCAGAGAGGCUCCAGAGGCAGUUGCAACAAGAACAAGCCUAUCUCCUGUCUCUACAGCACGACCACCGGAGGGCCCACCCGCAGCCCCCACAGCCCCCGCAGCCGCCGCAGGAGCGGAGCAAGGCCAGCUUCCAUGCUCCGGAGCCUAAGCCACACUACGAGCCUGUGGACAGAGCACGAGAGGUGGAAGAUAGAUUUAGGAAAACUAACCACAGCUCCCCUGAGGCCCAGUCUAAGCAGACAGGCAGAGUGUCGGAGCCACCAGCGCCUUCCCGGUCAGAGUCUUUUUCCAAUGGCAACUCCGAGUCGGUGCAUCCUGCCCUUCAGAGAACAGCUGAGCCUCAGGUACAGUGGUCCCACCUGGCAUCUCUCAAGAACAAUGUCACCCCUGUCUCGCGAUCCCAUUCCUUCAGUGACCCUUCUCCUCCCAAAUUUGCACACCACCAUCUUCGCUCUCAGGACCCAUGUCCACCUUCCCGCAGUGAGGCGCUAGGUCAGAGCUCAGACUCCAGGUCGGAGCUCCCUGACCCCACCCAAAAGGCUUGGUCUAGAUCAGACAGUGAGGAAGUGCCUCCAAGGGUUCCUGUGAGAACAACAUCUCGGUCCCCAGUUCUCUCCCGCCGUGACUCCCCGCUGCAGGGCAGUGGACAGCCAAAUAGUCAUGCAGGUCAAAGAAACUCCACCAGCAGCAUCGAGCCCCGGCUGCUGUGGGAGCGGGUGGAGAAACUGGUGCCCAGGCCCGGCAGUGGCAGCUCUUCCGGCUCCAGCAACUCAGGAUCCCAGCCCGGGUCCCACCCUGGCUCUCAGAGUGGCUCUGGGGAGCGCUUCAGAGUGAGAUCCUCGUCCAAGUCUGAAGGUUCCCCCUCUCAGCGCCUUGAGAAUGCAGUGAAGAAGACUGAAGAGAAGAAAGAAGUCUUUAGACAACUGAAGCCCGCUGGUGAAGUGGAUUUGACUGCAUUGGCCAAAGAGCUUCGAGCAGUAGAGGACGUGCGACCUCCACACAAAGUCACGGACUAUUCCUCCUCCAGCGAGGAGUCGGGCACGACCGAUGAGGAAGAUGAAGAUGCAGAGCAAGAAGGGGCCGAGGAACCCAGCUCCGGAGCAGAGGACACCAGAGCCCCGUCCUCUCUGAAUCUGAGCAAUGGGGAGACAGAAUCGGUAAAGACCAUGAUUGUCCAUGACGACGUGGAAAGUGAGCCGGCCAUGACCCCAUCCAAGGAAGGCACUCUGAUUGUGCGCCAGAGUACAGUUGACCAAAAGCGUGCCAGCCAUCAUGAGAGCAAUGGCUUUGCCGGGCGCAUUCACCUCUUGCCAGAUCUCUUACAGCAAAGCCAUUCCUCCUCCACUUCCUCCACCUCCUCCUCCCCAUCCUCCAGCCAGCCGACACCCACCAUGUCCCCACAGACACCCCAGGACAAGCUCACUACUAAUGAGACUCAAUCCGCUAGUAGCACACUCCAGAAACACAAAUCCUCCUCCUCCUUUACACCUUUCAUAGACCCCAGAUUACUACAGAUUUCUCCAUCUAGUGGAACCACAGUGACCUCGCUGGUGGGGUUUUCCUGUGAUGGUAUGCGACCAGAUGCCAUAAGGCAAGAUCCCACCCGCAAAGGCUCAGUGGUCAAUGUGAACCCCACCAACACCAGGCCACAGAGCGACACCCCAGAGAUCCGCAAGUACAAGAAGAGAUUCAAUUCCGAGAUUCUGUGUGCUGCAUUGUGGGGAGUGAAUUUGUUAGUGGGGACGGAGAGUGGCCUGAUGCUGCUGGACAGGAGUGGCCAGGGAAAGGUGUACCCUCUCAUCAACAGGAGACGGUUCCAGCAAAUGGAUGUCCUUGAAGGCUUGAAUGUCCUGGUGACAAUAUCUGGCAAAAAGGACAAGUUACGUGUCUACUAUUUGUCCUGGUUAAGAAAUAAAAUACUACACAAUGACCCCGAUGUUGAGAAGAAGCAGGGCUGGACCACUGUAGGGGAUCUGGAGGGCUGCGUCCACUAUAAAGUCGUAAAAUAUGAAAGAAUCAAGUUCUUGGUAAUUGCCCUGAAGAGCUCUGUAGAAGUCUAUGCGUGGGCUCCCAAGCCAUAUCACAAAUUUAUGGCCUUUAAGUCCUUUGGAGAACUGGUCCAUAAACCACUGUUGGUGGAUCUCACUGUUGAGGAAGGCCAGAGGUUGAAAGUGAUCUAUGGAUCCUGUGCUGGAUUCCAUGCUGUUGAUGUGGACUCAGGAUCGGUCUAUGACAUUUAUCUACCAACACACAUUCAGUGUAGCAUCAAACCCCACGCGAUCAUCAUCCUCCCCAACACAGAUGGAAUGGAGCUUCUGGUGUGUUACGAAGAUGAAGGUGUUUAUGUGAACACCUACGGGAGAAUCACAAAGGACGUAGUUCUGCAGUGGGGGGAGAUGCCAACGUCUGUGGCAUAUAUUCGAUCCAAUCAGACCAUGGGCUGGGGAGAAAAGGCCAUAGAGAUCCGAUCUGUGGAAACUGGUCAUUUGGAUGGUGUGUUUAUGCACAAAAGGGCUCAGAGACUGAAGUUCUUAUGUGAACGCAAUGACAAGGUGUUCUUUGCCUCCGUCCGGUCCGGCGGCAGCAGCCAGGUGUACUUUAUGACAUUAGGCAGGACUUCCCUCCUGAGCUGGUAGAGGCGGGCCUGUGAGGACACUGGCACCCGGAGUCACCACGGCCCCGAGAACUCGGAAUUCCUGGCAACUGGAGCUCAGGCUGCACCGCGGCCGUCUCGGAUGGCGCGUUCACAGGCAGCGUGCGUGGCCUUCCUCUCUCCUUCCUUCCUGCUCCUCUCCUGUCAGUUCAGCCCCGUUCUCUUCUCCUUACUCAAAAAUAAAUCAAGGCUGCAAUGCC